AUGGCCGGCGUUUUCGAAUUGGAGCUAACUGAUCAUAAUCAUUUAACACCUGUUGGCGAAUUUUCUGAUAUGGAUGAUGAUGAUGAAUAUGUAGACGUUGCUGAUGGAGAAAUUUCAACUCCCCCUCCUUCCUCUUCUUACAUGUAUGUAUUUAUAAAAAAUUUUAUAAAUUUUAAAGAAAUGACCGCUAAUUUUAGAAAUGACCCGCAAGUUGAAGCCUUAGAACUUGGUGAACAUGCCGAGCUUGUCAAUCCUCCUAACACUAAAGUAGGUCCAGAGGACUUUCAAUUGCUCAAGGUGUUAGGAAAAGGAGGAUAUGGAAAGGUUUUUCAAGUAAAGAAAGUCUCAGGGACAGACCGAAACAAAAUUUUUGCGAUGAAAGUACUUAAAAAGGCAACAAUAAUUCGUAAUCAGAAGGAUACUGCACACACCAAAGCUGAAAGAAACAUUUUAGAGGCUGUUAAGUGUCCUUUCAUUUGCGAUUUGCAAUAUGCCUUCCAAACUGGCGGGAAGCUUUAUUUAAUUUUGGAAUAUUUAAGUGGUGGAGAGCUUUUUAUGCAUCUUGAACGGGAAGGUAUUUUUCUCGAGGACACUGCAGGAUUUUACUUGGCAGAAAUUGUUGUUGCUCUUGAACAUCUUCAUAAACAGGGAAUAAUUUAUCGUGAUCUUAAGCCCGAAAACAUUCUCCUCGAUUGUAAAGGGCACGUUAAAUUAACGGAUUUUGGUCUUUGCAAAGAAGCUAUUGAAGGUGACCAGAAAACACACACUUUUUGUGGAACUAUAGAGUACAUGGCUCCAGAGAUUUUGAUGCGAACUGGCCACGGAAAGGCUGUGGAUUGGUGGAGUUUGGGAGCAUUAACUUUCGAUAUGACUAUUGAUAGAAUUCUGAAAGGAAGGCUUACAUUACCACCUUAUCUGAGCACAGAAGCGAAAGAUUUAAUUAAACGAUUAUUAAAAAGGCACGUCGACACUCGAUUGGGUGCUGGGCCAACAGAUUCGGAAGAAAUCAAACAACAUAUCUUUUUUCGUCAUCAUAUUUCUAAUUGGGCAAAAGUUUAUAAAAGAGAGUUGGAACCUCCAUUUAAGCCAGAUAUUACAAGCGAUGAGGACACUUCACUUUUUGAUACAAAAUUUACAAAAAUGACUCCGGUCGAUUCUCCUACAGCCGAUAUUUCACCUACAGCUGAUCCUUUUAUUGGAUUUACAUAUGUAGCGCCAUCCUUAUUAGAGCAAAGUGAGCAGCCGACUCUGAUCAGACCAAGGCAAUUUCGAAAAAUGUAA